CCAGUUUGUUUUUGUUUGGACGGGACGGGAAGGGGAGACGAAAAAUGGCGGAAGAGGACCGGUCUGCUUCUCCCGAAAACGCAGCAAACAAGUCGAAAGUUUAUGUUAAUGACCCUCUACACUUUAAGUCAUUCGUUAAUCGUUACGUCGAGGUAAAGACGAACUUGGGCGCUUCAUUGAAAGGAUAUGUGUACACGAUCGACCCCGUUUCUGAAAGCGUCAUAUUAUUGAGGCGCCAAGAUGACAGGAUCAGCAUGGACAUCAUUGUUGGCCACUCCGUUUCAACUAUUGCUCACCUACCUUCUGAUGACGCAUCCUGCGACAGCAUACCAGAUGAACUUCUUUUUGUAACAGAAGAACAAAUUAGUGAUGAUGAGUCUGAGAGGCGUAGAGUUCAACUUAAAGCAUGGCUGUGCGCUAACCACAUCCCAGUUGUUGAGGAUGGCAACAUGCUUGUAAUGGAAGAUGUCAUUGUGAUAGACUCCCCGUAUGGGCUUAAACAGUGCUUUGUUUCGAAUGACGUAAUUAUGGAACGUGUCCACAACCUUUUGAAACAAAUGCCUUGGAUCACCUCAGGACUCCUAGAAAAAUGUGAUUCUUAAUGAGUGAGUUUGUGGUUGCCGUGGUUUAUUUUGAGGUAAAUACUGUUUAACAUUUUAUGACUGCCAAAUAUAUUUAUUUUUUUGUA